UUCCCAGUUAUUGUUACAUCUCCAUCUAAUCACACCCCAUAAAUGUCGUAUCGCGUCUGCAACGGCUACGUCAGUUUGCCCUCUCGCUACAGCCCUUGUGGGAUCCAUCAGUACAAUGUGGACACUGGAAGAAGGUCCCCCCGUUGGGUCUCCAAGGAUCUUGGGAGCAUCCAACAUGAAAUGGAAUCACCAAGACCUUUCGCAUUAUCUGAACUGGAAAGGCACAUCGAGGCCGCUGGACACUACAGCAGAGGCAUCGAGAGUCCACGGCAAUUGGACAGGUCGAGAUCUGUGAGUCCUCUGCGGGGCAUCCACUCUCUGGAACACUCCAGUAAAUUCCCAUUUGGCACAGAGUACGCCAAGAACCUGCCAAGCCCACCACUUUCCCGGCAACAUUCCCUUUCCCGCCUUCCAGCGGCGUCUCUCGAUGAGUCUGGUCUGGAGCUUUCAUUGGGCCACAGGGGAUGGAGCAGAUCGUCCUUGGACCUUAGGGCAUCUCUGACAGAGAGUGCCCAAAGUAGGGCAGGUCUUGUGCAGUGCUUGAAAGAAGCCAAAGAAAAACUGGAGGGACAAUCAGAAGAGCUGAGGAAGAGGGACAAGGAACUGGAGCUAAGCAAAGCCAAAAUAGACAUGCUGGCCCUAAAGCAGAAACAGCUAGAAGGUUCCAUAUCUGAACUGGAGAAGGAGAAAGGUUGGCUGGAAGUAUCUCGUUAUGAGGACAAGAAACAAAGGGGAGAACUGCAAGACAGGAUUGUCAAUUUGGAAAUUGAAGUAAUGAGGGCUAAAUCUAACCUGGAAAACCUGAAUUAUACCAAUAUGUUCACGAACCAGAAGAAUGCCACGUAUAGUAACACUGUGACCGCCUCUGCGGUUCCAAAGGAGAAUGAUGGUAUGGUCCAGGAGCUCCGGACAGCCCGUGAGAACCUGCUCUUUUUCCGGAACCGUGUUAAAGGCCUGGAGGCUGAAAAAAAUCGUGCUCUAGAGGAACUCAGGACAUUGCGAGAGGGUAGUCAACUGGCUCUCAGCCAGACCAAUGAGGCGAAUCAGAGGGCUACUGAUACAAUACAAGCCCAACAGAACAUGCAAGAGGAACUCACUGAUCUCCAAAUAAAGUACAACAGCGCCAAUCUGGAGAAAGAACUGCUGUCCUCCAAGGUAAUGAGGCUAGAGGAGAAAGUUUCUGAUCUGGGUGUAAGGUUAAAGAUUGCUCAGACAGAUAAAGAACGAUUCUUGCAGGAGAAGCUGGAUCUCCAUCGACGCACACAAGAGCUUUCUUUAGAGCUGGAGAGGGCACAGAGGGGCCGGGAGGGCUUUAACGACCAGGUUAGUGACCUCCACAUUGAGCUGGUUGGAGCCAAGGCCCAAGCUAACCGCCAGGACCAAGAGAAAGUACAGAUGAAGGAGGAGCUCGUGUUACUGAAGCAGGUGAAUGACAGACUGACACUGGAGCUGGGACAGACACAGCAGAAACUUCAGAGUUGCAUGGAUGAGCUGCACCAGAUCCAGGCAGAGCAUAAGAUCUCCACAAAUCUUGCAUCAGCGCUAGAGGCUGAACGUGCGCAACUCUUGGCGGAGAAACAGCUGCUGCAGACAGCCGUGUUGAAUGAUGAAGAGAGUGACAGUAUACGAGAACUCAGGUCUUCACGUGAGCAGCUUCAAGAGGAGAGGGAUGCGCUGCGUACCCGUUGCAACACCUUGGAGGUAGCUCUGGAACAGGCGCAUGAACAGAUGGGCAACCAAAUACAGGAGCAGCAGCAAGUGACAUUGUAUUGGAAGGAGAGGUGGCAACAGGCAGCCCUGAAUUUGAAGAAUGCAGAAGAAAAGCUGGAGCAGACAAGUCAAAAAGAUGCUGAAAAGAGCACAGAGCUGUUACAAGAAUGUGAAAUGCUCCAAGCAGGUACGGAGGAGCUGUCUGAACUCAGAGCAACUGUGAACAGUCUGAAGGAAGAAAACAACCAAUUGAAAAAGACGAUAAAGAAACAGGAGCAGAGUAAUCGCCUUCAACAUCUUCAAAGUGACAUCCAGACCACCAUGGAUGAUAAUACAGAAGAAGUGAAUUAUCCACAAAAUGAACUCUCUGCACAGUUACAGAGAACUUAG